ACUGAUCAGUGUUUGUAAGCUUUGGUCGACAGCUGUAAACAAACCAUUGAUUGAAUGUUUGAUUUAACGGACAAUUCAUUGCUUUUAUAAUCAUAUGAUUAAUGACUCAAAACAAUAACCCAUUAGAAGUGGCCAAACAUAUUGUCGAUCACUUGUAUGACUUCAGAGACAACUAUUUCAUCGAUUGUGACAACGGAUCCAACACUUCUGAACCAUUGAAUUCAUAUAAAAGUAAACAAAUCGAUGUCAACAAUAAAUUAGAGGAAGCGUUGAAACGUUUGGAUGAGUUGUGUGUCGACAAUGAGUGGACGGCCAGUGAUCGGGCAUUAUAUCAGUUACAGAGGGGAAGGGCUUUCAAUAUAAGCGACAAAUACGUGGAUCAGGCGUUCGAAGCGCUGAGUCGUGCCAUCAAACUAUGGCCACAACUGACUGAGGGGUGGAAUCAGUUGGGGGAGUGGUAUCGCAAAAAGGGGGACAACGAGGCAGCACUCAACUGCUUCGAGAGUGCCUUAAAACACGAGAUCAAUAAGACAUCCCUCAGAAAUGCGUCCAUCAUUUUGAGACAAUUGGGAACCACUGCUCAAGAGAAGAGCUCUAAUCUACUGAAGAGUGUGGAGAGGGCUAAGCAAGCACUGGAGUGCGAUGUCUGUGACGGCAUUUCGUGGUAUAUCUUAGGCAACGCCUACUUAACCCUAUUCUUCAGAUCUCACACUAAAAGAGAUGAAUCGGUUCUGAAGGCGUGUAAAGUGGCGUAUCUGAAGGCAUAUAACCACCCGUUGGCCAGAAAUCAGACCGAUUUCCUCUUCAAUUACGCCACAGUUUGUCAUUACGAACACCACUUCCAAAGAGCUCUCGAUUGUCUGCAAAGAGCUGUAAUACUGGACCCCGAAUGGGAGGAACCGCUCGCCAAACAAAACGCUUUAAUCGCAUAUUUGAAAGAUAUCUGUGAUGUGAUCGACAAGAAAGCGUCGCUUAAAGCCAGAAGAAUAAAACUUCUGAUCGAUAGUCUUAUUAAAGACACUCGACUCAAGAUUUAUGAAAAGCGAAAGUUUGCGCAAAUCAACGACUUGGAGGUCGGCACCAAUGCGUCCACUGACUUGAUCUGCAAAGUGAUCCAUUGUAUUAACAAUAGCUCAGCCAUGGCUAACACAUACUGUCUGAUGGAUGGCAACAAAGAAUGUAUGGCUCUAUUCGUGUACAACCUGUCGGCCCAAAACGGACCCAAAACCGGCGAUUCAAUUGUCAUUCAAAGACCUACUGUUGAAUCACACGAUUUUGACAUCGAAGACAAGAACUAUACAUUGAAAAGCAUUCGCGUCGAUAAUCCACUCAAUCUUAUCAUUAACAACAAAACCAUUUCGAAAGACAAUAUA